GAGAGUGCUCAGAUGAUCAAAGAAGUGGAAGUGGAUAAAGUGACAAUGCUGGAAGGAAAACAAUUUGAAGCAAUCAAGAAGCUCUGGGAAGACCCAGCAAUUCAAGAAUGCUAUGACAGACGGAGGGAGUACCAGCUCUCAGACUCUGCUAAGUAUUAUUUUACUGACCUUGAUCAUAUUGCUGGGCCUUCAUUUGUGCCAACUCAGCAAGAUAUUCUUAGAGUCCGAGUGCCAACUACAGGGAAUGAGUAUCCUUUUGAUUUAGAAAAUAUUAUAUUUAGGAUGGUGGAUGUAGGUGGCCAAAGGUCAGAAAGAAGGAAGUGGAUCCAUUGCUUUGAAAGUGUUACUUCCAUAAUUUUCUUGGUAGCUUUAAGUGAAUAUGAUCAAGUCUUGGCAGAAUGUGACAAAGAGAAUCAAAUGGAAGAAAGCAAGGCCUCAUUUAAAACUAUCAUUACAUAUCUCUGGUUUCUAAAUUCUUCAGUCAUUCCGUUUUUAAAUAAAAAAGAUCUUCUAGAAGAGAAAAUAAUGUAUUCCCAUCCAAUUAGUUACUUUGCAGAAUACACAAGACCUAAACAAGAUGUCAAAGCUGCCAAAGACUUCAUUUUGAAGCUGUAUCAGGAUGAGAAUCCAGACAAGGAGAAAGGAAUCUAUUCCCACUUCACUUGUGCCACAGACAUGGAAAAUACUCAUUUUGUCUUUGCUGCUGUCAAGGACACAAUCCUGCAAAUAAACCUGAGGGAGUUCAACCUGGUUUAA